AUGGCUAAGGUGGCUGGGCCGGCGGGUGAGGUGGGCAGGGGUCCUGGUUGCUGGGCCGGCGGGUCAGGUGGGCUGGGUCAGGUGGGUGGGUCGAGGGGGCCUGCUAGCUGGGCCGGCGGAUCAGGUGGGCUGGGUUAGGGCCGGCGGGUCAGGUUGCUGUGUCAGGUGGUCCUAUUUUCUGGGCCAAAAAUAUGGGCUGGGCCGGCAGGUCAAUUUGUGUAGCGAAAUGUUCGUCUAAAUUUAUGAUUCAAUAUCUUAAAAGAGUCUUCUUUCUCACAAGAGUAUCUGUAGUCUUCUUGAUUUUAAUAUUCAACUUUCUCAAUGAGCACCUAGUUCCCUUUUUUUUAAUGACUGCUCAAUUUUCUAAUUUGCUCUUUCAUCUCAUCUAAAGUUGACUGACUAUGUACCUUCUUAAGAGGUACACGAAAGAGGGUAAAUUAAAGAUAAUAAGGGGAUGAAACCUUUGAGGAUAAUGAGAUUUUAUAUCUAAACAAAGUCAUCAUAGCUCCUAUUCAUGAGAGCAUUUACUUUGGAAGAUUCCCAUCAUUAUUUGAACCAAUAAAGUCAUAAAUGAGUAAAGCCCUCUUAAAUCAGUAUGUUAUUAGACCUCAAGAAGUUGAGCCAACAGCACCUUGCAUGGAUCAACCUUCAAACAAACAUUACAUCUCACUUUUCAAAAGAUCACUCACUAGGAAAAGUUUAAGUUGGAUGCCAUCUUCAUUGAUGAACACUUCAUAUUUCCAAGUACUUGGAGAGUUGGAAGAACUUCUUAAGCUCUAUCAUUAAAUAGUAUAGUAAUAAUCAACUUAAGUACAUAAAGUUAGCUAAAUUGAUCAAAAGAUAAAAUAUAAUUAAUUUUAACAUGAGACUUUCAUAAGUACUCUUUAAUUUUUCAUUAAGAGAAUAGAAGUGAGAUCCUCCACAAUGCUCAAACAUAAUUUGAAAUUUACUUCUAGAUGCUUAAUGAAAUUCAGAUGAUAUAGAGACCCUUUCUACCUCUCGUCUCUCUUUCUCCAUCUGUCUUAUCUAGUACACGCCGAGGUACAGUACCUUUGUUCAUUUUGUUCAUACUCUUUUGUUAAGUACCUCCAUUGUCAGAAUCUACACAGCAAAAAUCUGUACGGUCUCCAGAGAUGCAUAACAUCCUCGUUGAUCGUUCAUCCCUUCCAGCAGCUAGUAUGUAUGGGAUACAGAUAAGUUUUCAUUAUCAUAAGUUAAUAAUUAGUAAAUAAUAUAGUUUUUAAUUGAUUAACAUAAAUUUUUAGGUAAUUAUGUGAUUUUAUACAAUUUUUUAUGAUUUUUAUAAUCUUAAUUUUGAGAUAAAUGAAGAAAAAGAAAUAAAAAUAUAAUAAAAUGAGGGGGGACCUGUUGGCCAGUCGGGCCCGCAAGCGGGUCGGAAGUGUAGUGGAGGAGGAGCCGCGAGCAGCAGCUCGAGUGGCUAGAACCGAUAGGGGCAUGUGUGUGCCACUCCCCUUCCACGUCACCGGUGGUCAGCCGGCUGUGGGGCAAGGAGUGGUCGUACAUGCAAGAGAAAAUGACUUGAUUGAAAAUGUAAUAUUACUAUAUAUUCGCCCGAAACUUCAACGCACAAGCGAUGUGCGACUAAACUCACAUCACACUUUCCUCGUAAAGGGUUUGAUGAUUUUAAUACCUAAAAUAUCUUUUAUUUAUAAAAGAGAUAUACUAUAAUGAUGUCAUUUGAUAUGGGCAUUAGAGUACUUAUGUCAAUCUCUCUUAUGCAGGCGGACAACCGGCACAGGUUCGAAUCCUCCUAGAGCCAAAACUCAUAUUUUUUAUCUAAUUAUCACGACUUUCUUGUAGAUCACCGAUGAAAGAUUAAACCGCCAGAAUCAAUGGAUCAUCGGCAAAAAUCUUGUCAACGUAAUUUGCGAAGUAUUGUUACUGAAAUUGCUAAACGAUUCGCGAUAAAAGGAUUGUGAAUCAAUCGAGUAAAGCAUCUCCGAUUAAUCGACGAACAAGCCGUCGUUGGGAAGAGGAUGAUCUGCCGAGAGACGAGUCGCCACCUCCUAAGAGUGUACCGAAUGCGAUGAAAAGCCUCCUCUUGCUGCGCGAACAUGAAGAUGAAGCUCCUUGACACGUGCCCCACCUCCAUCUAGCUCCUCUUCGUUGGGUGACAGUUGCUAGAGAGCUGUAAAGUCGCUGUUUUUCUACUCCGCUAAGUGACAAUUGUCGGAGACGAUUUGACGACCCAUUUCAUUGAUCUCUAGACUUCACAAGGAGAUCUAGAGAUUGCCCAUGUUUGUAGAGUCGCCAUAGCUGAAAAGGAGGCGCAUGCUGCAAUACAAUCAUGAUGACCCUAUUGAGAUCAUUUGCGUCGGCCCUUCUUUAGAGUUCUUAAAUCCCAAGGUGGGUCAACGAGAUGCGAAGUCGUCAGUCAGUCUCUAGGUGAUGCUAAUCUGUGAAUAUCUUACCUCACAAAAAAGAUGCCUUUUCGUGAUCGUGUAGAUCGGAGAAGAGGCAACGAUGGGAGAAAAUAAAACAAGAGAGGAGGAGCAGUGGGACACUGAAUUAUUGGGUUCGUCUGCUUGCCGUCUCCUUCCAGUGAAGCUGACAUACGCUCCUUCCAUUAAAUUCAGAUGUCAGGAUGACAUCAACGUCCGGUGAACGCCAAUCGGGCAGAAAUAGAGUUCUGCCCGACGAUUCUUAUGUAAACGAUUACCGAAAAUUUAAUUGAUCAAAUUAAGAUCUAUAAAAGCCGAAAGAAUCGUAAAUGAGUGAAGUAUAUCUUGGUAAAUUUAAAUCACACAAAUUAUCACUAAAUGAAGUAGAAAUUAAGUUGAAAGCAGGAAAAUAGAGUUCCAACGUCGUGGUGGCGAUGCGUUGGCGAUACAUCGGAAUCCUAAGUAUGCGGGAGGAUUGUGGUGUAGUGUCCACGGCCUGGAAGGCUCUCCUUGGACAAGGACGACGUGGACAAUCUCUAGAUCUCCUUGUGAAGUCUAGAGAUCAAUGAAAUGGGUCAUCGAAUCCUCUCCGACGACUGUCACCCAGUGGAGCGAAAAAACGACGACUUUGCGGCUCUCCGAUGACUGUCACCCGAUGGAGAGGAGUUGGAUGGAGGUGGGGCGCGUGUCAAGGAGCUUCAUCCUCAGGUCCACGCAGCAAGAGGAGGCACUUCAUUGCAUCUGGUACGCUCUCAGGAAGUGGCGACUCAUCUGCCGACGGAUCGCCCUCUUCCUGAUGAUGGCUUGUUUGUUGAUUAAUCGGAGAUGCUUUACUCGAUGGAUUCGUGAUCCUUUCAUCGUGAAUUGUUCAAUAAUUUUAAUAACAAUGCUCCAACAAUUUUGAUGGCUUAAUCUUUCACUAGCGAUCUGCAGGAAAGUCGUGAUAAUCAAAUAAAAAAUAUGAGUUUUGGCUUUGGGAGGAUUCGAAAUCGUGCUAGUUGUCUACCUGAAUGAGAGAGAUUGACAUAAGUACUCUAAUGCUCAUAUCAAAUGACAUCAUCAUAGUAUAUCUUUUUUAUAAAUAAGGGAUAUUUUAGGUAUUAAAAUCAUCGAACCCUUUCUGGGGAAGGUGUGACGGGUUUAGUCCCACAUCGCUUGUGCGCCGAAGUUUCGGGUGAAUAUAUAGUAAGUAAUAUUACAUCUACAAUCAAGUCCCUUUCUCCUACGUGUACGACCACUCCUUGCCCCACAACUGGCUGGCCACUGGUGACGUGGAAGGGGACUGGCCACCCGCUUGCGGGCCCGGCCGGCCGGCAGAUCUCCCUCAUUUUGUUCUUUUUUUUUCUUCAUUUAUCUCAAAAGUAUGACUAUAAAAAAUAGAUAAAUUCAUAUAAAAUCACAUAAUUCCCCAAAAAUUCAUGUUAAUCAACUAAAAACCACUUUUCACACUUUAACACAAAUAUAAGUCUAUUUAUCAUGAGUCAAGGCUAAAACUAUAUUAUUUACUAAUUAUUAACUCAUGAUAAUGAAGACUUAUCAGUAUCUCAUACAUACUAGCUGCUAGAGGGGAUUAACAAUCAACGAGGAUAUUAUGCAUCUCCGGAGACUACAGAUUUUGGCUGUGCAGAUUCUGAUAGUGGAGGUACCGAACGGAAGAGUAUGAACAAAAUGAACGGAGGUACUGUACCUCGGCAUGUACUAGAUAAGAUAGAUGGAGAAAGAAAGACGAGAGGUAGAAAGGGGGAGAAGAAGAAGGCCUUGAUUAUCGCACCUUCUAAUUUUCUUUCUUCUUGUGCCUUUUUCUAUGGAGAGUGAAAGUAAUAAGUUUUAUGGAGAUGAAAGUUUGGCCAGUACUGAAGAAAUAAAUAAGAGAUAUCAUCUUCAGAGUAAUGUAAAAUGCUGGGAGCAGAAAAUAAAAAUGUACGUAAAACUCCAUCAUAAACCCAUUUCAAGCUAGCCCAUCGACUCUAAGUCAAUGGUCUCUGAAGGAGAUCCCAACUUUCAGCAUGCGUGAGAUCCACCAGAAUCGCAUGGUUCCUCACACAUCAUUUUAGCAUGUGCUCAGAACCCACCACCACCCAAAAGCCGGUGCUCCGAGGAGUUUCACAAUAAGAAUACAGAAAAUCAUCUUCACAAUACUUGAAAACCCGAGAGGGUCAUAGAAAACAAUGCCCAAACAUGUUUCCCAAAGGCAGAAGCAUAGAUGACCUUUGGGUCUUUGCAUGAUAAAUUAAUCAUCCAAAAAAACAUAGAGACAUCUUGAUCUACAAGGCCCUGCCUUGCAUGGGUCAAAAAUUCGGUCAUUGGAUGAACAAACUUGAUUUGCUAAUCACUCAACUAAUUAAUGCAUGAAAUUCACAUAGACGGAGACUGCCAUUUUUUGUACCUCGAAAGGCUUCUAAUUUCCAAAACAACUUUUGCUAGAAAACUCCGUAACAUAUGUGUGUAUGAUAUUCAGCCGCCUGUUCCUACUCGUCAGGGUUGUCGCGUACACCGCACUCCCUGGGAGUAUAUAGAGCAAUCAACUCAGUAACUACGAACCAGUAAACAUUGUAAAAACCGGAUAAAAACAACCUUCUUCAUUACGCUUAAACACACACACACACACACACACCCCUCCUGUUUUUUUGCAUGGAUCAAAAAGGUCUGUCACAGAGGACUCACGAAUGACCUCUGCCAAUUUGAUUAUCUGAAUAUAGAGAUGGCAUCAACAUGCUUUGCUUAAAUGUCAUGUUCUGAACAUUCUCAACGCUCCCUCCUCUUCCAUGAGCCAUACAUUGCAUGAUAAAUUAAUCAUCCAAAAAAACACAGAGACAUCUCGAUCUACAAGGCCCUGCCCUGCAUGGGUCAAAAAUUCGGUCACUAGAUGAACAAACUUGAUUUGCUAAUCAAUCAACCAAUUGUUAAUCGCAAUUAUGAUGCUAUCUUUCCCCCAUUCAGUCUUGAUCUUCAUCACGAUGACCACAUGAUUCCUAAAAAGGUUGAAUAAGGGAAAGGCAGCAUCAUAAUCAUGAGAAUAAAAGGUUGAGCACAUCAUGAGUCUCUCAUUUCUCCAUCCUCGCAUCAUACCAUGCACCUAUUGUUUCAUUUAUCUUGUUCUACUUUGAUUCAUUCUCAUAGAUCUUCAUAUUAUCAAUUUUAUACCAAAAUGGGUCACAUCAUUGCCCAUGGAUGCAUAACUAAAAAUGAUGCAAGUAUGGUGACCAUACAUUGUGACAAUAUAAAUAUAUGGCUCCUUGAAGAUAAAUGAAUGCUGGGAAAGUGGGGGGUUUAUUAGAGUAUAGAAAUAAAGGAGAAGUAUCUAUAUAGUUGAUUCUCUUGAAUUUAUUGCAAGGAGUGUUUGACAUAAUCACUAGUGCCCUUACGAUUUCUAUCAUUAGAAUCAAGUGGUAGGUCUCUGAUAAGUAUCAGCCAAGUCAGCACUAAUUAAUUUCUUGUAGGAUUCAUUUACUCAAGAAAAUGAGGGCAUUGAAAAGGCACAUACCUGACUCACUAGCUUGAUCGUAAGAAGCAGCAACACAAGGGGCAGACCUUUUGGAUGGAAAUGACCGCAUAUUAGCUACAGUUGAAUGUGCUGAUAAUGUGUUGGCCGAGAGAUCUAAAGUAAGUAGCGGACGCUUCAUCUGAGCUGAUACGCAUCUCGCUCUCAUUAAAGCAGCUUUCCAGCCAGCAUUUCGAGGACUCGCCUAGUGCUCCCAAGAUAUCUAUGGCAUUUUGUGGUGCAGUGUGAGAAUAGUGGCUUGGGGAAAUUGAUGAGAUAGUUGAGGAGAUGGCAAGCAGACGGACCUCCGCUGUCUGAAUCUGGGCAGUUAGGCAGGUCAGGUGGGUCGGGUCAAGUGGUCCUGGUUGUUGGGCCAGCUGGUCAGGUGGGCUAGGUCAGGUGGGUAGGUCGGGGCCUGGUGGCUGGGCCGGCGGGUCAUGUGGGCUUGGGUCAGGUUAUCCUGCUUGAUGUGUCAAAUAUAUGGGCUGGGCCGGCGGGUUAGGUAGGUGGGUCGGGUGGUCCUGGUGGCCCCGGUGGGUGAGCCGGUCAGAUGGGCUGGGCCGAAUAAGUGGCCCCCUUAAGGGGGGGUCCCUGCCGAAACCAAUUCGUUUCGGCCGCGACCAAUGCUGGUCUUUGUGCCGCGGCGGCGAACGAACGGUGGCGGUAGAGGCGUCGUUGGCGGAGGCAGGAGGAGGGGGCGGCGACACCGGCGGCGGGGAACGGCGGAACAGCGGUGGCGGAAGGAGAAGGCGACGACGGAGGCGGCUGGAAGGCGGGACGAUGGCACCGGAGCGGGACGGCGACGAUGAGGCGGCUCAUCAGGGGUGA